AUGGCACAGUACAACAUCCAAAGCGAGAGCAAAUGCAUCUUUGAGACACUGCUCCAAGAUGAGACACUAGCCCUGCCGAGCUCAUUUGUCGAGGCUGCAAGAAAAGUCACCUUUGUCGGAGACGACCCGAAACCGUUUAUCCCAACGCCAUGCAAGAUCACCGAGUCGUCCUCUUCUCUUACCGCGUUAGUUGCUGCUGCGGCAAGUGCCGUGGCUAGAGAUCGGUAUGGCAUCGACUACCAGGAAAUCGAAGUCAACACAGAUCUUGCCACUCUGUUUCUCGAGUCCGUCCUCCUGCCUACCGUUAACGGUGAAUCCUUCCUGCAGAACCCGACACUGCAAGCAGAAUUCAAGAAGGGUGAUCUGUACGAGAUAAACAAGCCUAUCCACAUGGAGGCCACCAACGUCUACAAAACUAGUGAUGGCCGCUACUACCACCUGCAUGGUUCCUUGAAUGCUGCUGCGACUAUGAAGAUGAUUGGUGUUGAGGAACAAGACGUGACACGUGACGAGGCUAUUCAGAUCUAUACGAACAAGGUGGCACAGUUUAAUUCUGAAUACCUGGAACAGACAGCAAAUGAGGUAUAUAAGGAGGCUGGCGUCACCUGUCUUACGCCCGAAGAGUUUUUUGCGUCAGAGCAAGGGAAGAUUAUGAGUGCCGAACCUUUGUGGACUACACGGGCUAUUCUGGCACCAAAGACCUCGUGGCCGGAUCUGCCGGACAAAGACGUCGACCGGAAGUUCAAGCCGCUCGCAGGCAUACGUGUGAUUGAUUUUUCACGCGUUGUGGCUGCUCCCGUCAUCUCUAAGCUCCUGGCUCUACUUGGGGCUGACGUGAUCAAGGUCACAAGCAGCGGCCUGCCCGACAUAUCUAUUUUGUGGAUGGACCUCAGCACUGGGAAACGCGAUGCCAACAUCGACCUCAAGACAGAAGAGGGAAAAAAUACUUUUGCCUCAUUAGUGGCAGGUGCAGAUGUCCUUAUUGAUGGGUAUCGCCCUAAUGCGCUGGCACGACAAGGCUUUGACUCGGCAAGCCUGCGCAAGAUCAAUAGCAAGCUCAUUUACGUGCGCGAGAACUGCUACGGAUUUAAAGGCCCACUGGCCCAUAGAUCCGGCUGGCAACAGAUCAGCGACUGCUUAGUCGGCAUCUCGUGGCUGCAGGGCCGCUUUCUAGGGCUCGACGAGCCGGUUGUGCCUCUCUUGCCAAACUCGGACUACCAGGUUGGCCUCAUCGGCACCAUUGCCGUCCUCAAGGCACUGUUGGAGCGUACCAAAAGCGACCAGACGUUUGAUAUUGAUGUCAGCCUGACCCAGUACAAUAUCUGGUACUACAGACUCGGACAGUAUGACAAGGAACAGGCAAGAGAACUGUUGGCUCGUAACGAGGGCUUUCAUGCACGGCACUAUGACGAGAUGCAGACGCUGCUUCAGAAAACGCUGCAGGCGAUGCAAAAGGCCCGGCCAGAUUUAUUCAACCGGCCAGAUCUUUACUGGAAAAUGUCCGGCAAAGAAUGGGGACUCGACGACGACAUCCUAAUCCUAGCCCCAGCCUUCAAGUUUGACAAGACGCAACUUGAAUACACGGUCCCGUCUGGGUCAAAAGGACGGUCAAAAGCCGAGUGGUAA